AUGGGCGGUCUUUCCCAAAAUGUCUUGAACAUGAAGUUCAUGCGAGGUUCUGACAACAAAGAGCUCGAAAAGAAUGAGCCAACAACGUACAAGAAAGUAAAGGACACCUCAGAAUGGUACCUCCCGAAUCGUGGUCAAGUGCAACAGAGACUUAAGAGUGCAGUGAAAGUGAAGUCAGUGGGUUAUGGGAGCAUAGCCUCGAUGACCGCGGAACCAAAGGAGGAAGAAGACAAAAAAGAAGAGCAGGCUGUGCCGAAGAAGGUUGAGAAAGAUCCUAAGGCGCAAGCAGAUGAGUUUCUCCAGGAUAUCAUGGGAAAGCCAAAGAAAGACAAAAAAAGGAAACUCGACUCCUCGGCAGAGAAUCACAGCAAAAAGAAGAAGAAGAAGAAGUCUAAACAGUGA